AGUUUGUUCGCUCUUCCAGUGCAUGACUUAAAUCUGCAUUGUUCACGCGUUACUUUUAGUUCAUCGAGUUACUGAAAUCACGAACUUAGAUUUGAAUGUUAGUGAUAGAUCUGUUGCGAUACUAGUUGUACAAGUACUAACCUCAGACAAACCGACUUGAGCGUUUACCAAACGGGUUGUUGCUCUCAUCUUCCUAUAAAUUGUAGACGUAGGCAAACGGUGCCUUUCAUUUUGUCAACAUGGUAAAUAAUAUUCGUUCAGUUUUGAUAAGUGAAAAUGUGGAUUCAGUAUGUGCAAAAAUUUUACGAGAGAAUGGGUUUGAAGUAACAAACAAAAUAGGAAUGACCAGACAGGAACUUUUGGAUGAAGUAAAGAAAUAUGAUUCCCUUAUAGUUCGUUCAGCAACUAAAGUUACCGCUGAUGUGAUUGAAGCAGCAACUUCAUUGAAAGUGAUUGGUCGAGCUGGAACAGGAGUAGACAACAUUGAUUGUGAUGCUGCCACUCGUCAAGGCAUUUUAGUUAUCAAUGCUCCAGGUGGUAACACAUUGAGUGCUGCAGAACUGACUUGUUGUAUGGUUGUUUCACUUUCGCGGAAAAUUGCCCAAGCUUGUGCCUCUUUGAAAGCUGGACUGUGGGAUAGGAAGACUUAUAUUGGUGAAGAACUUCAAGGAAAGACAUUGGCUAUUAUAGGUUUAGGUCGGAUUGGUCGGGAGGUAGCAUCUCGUAUGCAGUCCUUUGGAAUGAAGACCAUAGGAUUUGACCCAUUGGUUCCACCAGAAGAAAGUAUCACUUUUGGUGUGGAAAGUUUUCAACUAGAUCAGUUAUGGCCCAAGGCUGACUACAUUACUAUACAUGUACCACUGAUCCCACCAACAAAGCACAUGAUCAAUGACUUAGUUUUAUCCAAAUGUCGUAAGGGUGUUAAAAUUGUUAAUUGUGCCAGAGGUGGGAUCAUUGAUGAAGAUGCCCUUUUGAGAGCUCUAGAGUCAGAACAGUGUGGAGGUGCUGGGCUGGAUGUGUUUGAAGAGGAACCACCAAAAAAUUCUACUUUACUUCAACAUUCUAAAGUAAUUUGCACCCCACAUCUUGGAGCUAGUACUAAAGAAGCUCAGAAACGUGUGGCUGAGGAAAUAGCUCUUCAGUUUGUGGAGCUUUUGAAAGGUCAUUCUGUGCCUGGUAUUGUAAAUGCACCAACCUUUGGUCAAUUUCAAGUAGCUGACAACAAAUAUUGGGUGAAACUGUGUCAGACAUUGGGAAAACUUGCCGAUAAACUUGUGACCUCUGAUGAGCAAAAAAAUGUCAUAGUUUCUACUCGAGGUGCAUUACUAGAGAAAAAAGGUACAGUUUUAGGAAUAGCUACACUGGUAGGCUUGAUGAGUAAUACGUCCAGCAAUGGUAUUAAUUUCAUCAAUGCACCUUUACUGGCAAAAGAAGCAGGAAUUAAGCUUUCCAUUCACCAUAAAGAAGUUUUGAUGAGCUGUGAUGGACAGUGUCCAUCAUCAGCAGUUGAAAUAAAAGUGGAGGCAGGGAAUGAGAGCCAUGUUCUUGUGGGUACUACUGAAGGAUCUGUCCUCUUAUUAUGUUCAAUAGAUGAUGCUUGUUUUAACCCUUGCCAACCUUUACAAGGAAACCUUGUUGUGACAAAAAUUGAUGAUGAUAAAAACUUGGAACUUGAGCUAAUGAAAUCACUAAUGACAGGUGAAGCUUGUGUUCGUUCUGCAGCAAUAUCUGCACCCUUUAAUGAACAAAGAUGGUGUAUUUUCAAUACAAUGUCACCAACAGUUUCUCUUAAACAGCCAGUGUUUUGGACCCAGUUGAUGGUAUAAUGCAAAGCCACCAAUGAAAGGGGUAUUUCAAUGCCUAUUAGUGUUCUACUGCACUAUUUGAAAUUUGUUUACAUUCUUGGUAUAUAACAUUAUGGAAAUUCUGUUAAUAAAUAUGUGUAGUGAACUACAUUUCACUUACAAAGACCUGAAAAAUAAA